UGGCAAUGACCCAAGAAGAUAAUACAGUUUUUUUUUCCGAUCAAUUCUAAAUCCCACCCCGAAUCCUAAAUCCCAACCGAAACAGCUGAAACAACAACAAUCGUACAACAACUCCAGCAAGUUCCAACUCGAGAAGAAUUCAGCGGUGGUGAUGAUGAUGAUGAUGAUGAUGAUGAUGAUGAUGAUGAUGAUGAUGAUGAUGAUGAUGAUGAUGAUGACGAUGAUGACGAUGAUGACGUCAGCCCCACUUUGGGGCGCGUCUCGGAACAAAACACCCCGGGGGGUCUAGGUGAGGCUCAGUCUGGGUGCGUGGCUUGAUGACACCGUGUUCAGCGUGGUCCCUCCUCCUCCGUGCUGUGACACACACACAUCGCAGACCUUACAAGUGGGCAAGUUUCACAAGUUGCUUGGAGUUUGAGAGAAGAUCACGAUGGCAGACAACCAGAAGACGGGUCAGAACCUCCAGGCUGGAGCCGGGAUCCUGGCCAAACGGGUCCAGAAGUCCCUGAACCGAGCUCAAGAGAAGGUCCUCCAGAAACUGGGGAAAACGAUGGAGACCAAGGAUGAGCAGUUUGAGCAGUGCUCCCAGAACCUCAGCAAGCAGCAGGCGGACGGUGUCAGGUUAACCAAGGAUGUCCGCGCUUACUUCACAGCUGUGAAAGCAAUACACGAGUCAUCUAAACGUCUCUCCCAGACGCUGAAGGAUGUCUAUGAGUCUGAUUGGAACGGCGGAGAAGACCUCUCUGACAUCAUUGAAAAAGAGGACUUGAUGUGGAACGACUACGAGGAGAAGAUGUCGGAUCAGAUUGUGCGCACUAUGGAGAACUACACCGCGCAAUUCCCCGAGGUCAAGGAACGAGUGGGGAAGCGCGGACGCAAGCUGGUGGAUUACGACUCGGCGCGUCACCACCUGGAGGCGCUGCAGGGAGCCAAGAAGAAGGACGACGGCAAGAUGGCCAAGGCAGAGGACGAGUUCAACAAAGCACAGAAUGUUUUUGAGGAACUAAACAAAGAGCUGAGAGAGGAGCUGCCUGUUCUCUAUCAGAGCCGAAUAGGUUGUUACGUAACAGUCUUCCAGAAUAUAUCGAACCUCCGGGAUGUCUUCUAUAAGGAAAUGAGUCUGUUGAACCAUGAGCUGUACAACGUGAUGAAGAAACUGGAGACUCAGUUUUCGGGGAAAGCCUUCAUCAUCAAGGGCCUGAACAGCUCCAGCUCCAAGUCCAAGAAGAGGAAGUCCAUCGUCAUCUCCAACCCCAUCCCCUGCAACACGGCCUUCCCCAGCGACCACGUCUCCCAGCGCCCCACCGGCCCGGAUGCCCCGGCCCCCAACACACACACACCCUCGCAGGAACCCCUCAACUGGGACAACGCUGCCGGCUCCGCCUCCAAAGACCCCCCCUCCUCCUCCUCCUCCGUGUCCGAGCUGGACGACCUCGGCUCAGAGUGCUCGGACACGCCCAAGCGCCAGUCGGCGUGCGACGGGGAGAGUGGCUCGGAGAGGCGGAGCCCGGACCGCACGGCGGCAGAGGCAGAUCUGCCGGAACUCGGCUCCAGCCAAUCGGAUGACUCCGGGGUGGGUGGACCCACGCCAGAGGGGGCGGGGCAGGAUGUGGCCCCUCCCCUCCCGCCUGUGAGAGAAGCCAAGGCCAAGGCCCCUCCCGUUCCUACUCCCCGCACCUCCUUUGGGGCCGCAGAUCGACGGUCAGACUCCCGCGGCAAGGCAGGGGCAGAGGCAGAGAAGCAAGAGGUUGAGGCAGAGAAGCAAGAGGUUGAGGCAGAGAAGCACGAGGUUGAGAAGCAGGAGGUGGAGGCUGAGAAGGUGGAGGCAGAAAAGCAAGAGGUGGAGGCUGAGAAGCAAGAGGUGGAGGCUGAGAAGCAAGAGGUGGAGGCAGAGAAGGUGGAGGCAGAGAAGGUGGAGGCAGCGAAGGAAGAGGCAGCGAAGGAAGAGGCAGAGGCAGCGAAGGAAGAGGUGGAGGCAGAGGCAGCGAAGGAAGAGGUGGAGGCAGAGGCAGCGAAGGAAGAGGUGGAGGCAGAGAAGGCAGAGGCAGGGAAGGAAGAGUUGGAGGCAAAGAAGGAAAUAUCAGAAAAGGACUCCCCCCAGCCCUCAGACUCCCUGUGCAAGGGGGGGGCAGCAGCGAGUCAGUCGAGUUCAGGAGGAGAAGGCGUGCUUGCGCAGCCGCAGGAGGACGUGGCCGGGCCAACCGCCGACAUUCCAGAUGUACUUUGAAGGCGUGCUUAAGGAGGUCAGAGAGCUGGAUGCAGGGACGUAGCGGCCCACUCUGGGGUCUGUCAGAGGAGUUUGUUGGCCAAGGCUCUCGAUGAGGCAACACAACGACCCUGUCCUCCUCCCAUGGAGCACUGGGAUUCACACGCAAACAGGGCAGAGUGGAGCCACAUGUUUGGACCAGAGAGGAACACGUCCCUCAUGGGCUCCUCCCAUGCUCAGCCGCUGAUGCUGGUGUCUCAUUUCAGAAGAUUCUUUCUAUAUUUGCUUACGGUCUUAAACAUGAACAAAUGUUUUGUGUGUGUGUGUGUCGAUGCAGUAUUUCUUUUUCAACCUUAAUGCUGUGAAUGUAAGUAAGCUGUUUUUAUACUCCAGAUGUCUUUUCUUAACGUUUCUUAAUAAAGUAAAGCCCAAUUAGGCUGGGUAAAGCCCAAUCACCUUAGUACAUAGCAUGAAUAUCUUUUACAAUCUCUCUUGAAUCAGCUCUAACAUCUAAUGCCCUCUGCAAAGUGGUGGUGGGGGAGGGAGGGUAUUCAGUAUCAGCAACCUCACUGCUAGGUGCUGCUAAAUUAUACUCACUGGACCUUAAAGGGAAGGAGAAUUGACUGUCUUGUAGGCUAGUACCAUCAUCAUCUUGAAACUGAUGCAAUCUACUACAGGGAGCCAGUGGAAGUCCCUGAAGAGGAGGGUCAAAUGGGAGAAGGCACGCUGCAGCAUUCUGGAUACGCUGCAGCGGUUUAAUCGCAGAGUCAGGGAGUCCAGCCAGGAGCGAGUUGCUGUAGUCAAGAUGGAGUUGACAAGCGCUUGGAACAGGAGCUGGGGUGCUUCCCUCGUGAGGAACGGCCGGAUCCUGCGGAUGUUGUAGAGGGCAAAUCUGCAGGAUCAGGUUACCGCGUCGAUGUUUGCUGUGCAGCAUAGCUGAUUGUCCAGUUACACACCGAGGUUUAUGGCAGUGGGUGAUGGAGAUACAGCGAUGACCGCGACAGUGACGAGUCAGUCCAUGUGAGGGCAAUCUUUCCCUGGCAUAAGGAGAAGCUCAGUCAUGUUGAGGUUACGCUUCAGGUGAUGGGCAGUCGUUAAAGUGCUGAUGUCUGAAAUGCAUUUUGCAAUCAGGAUGUUGCUAAACGAGGGCAAAGAGAGGAAUAGAUUAGUGUCAUCAGCGUGGCAGUGAUAGGAGAACUGUGGGAUGUGAUUACAGAGCCCAGGGAUCUGGUAUUUAGGGAGAACAGAAGGGGUCCCAGUACACAGCCUUGAGGGACACCAGUGUCGAGCAUGCAGGGUUUGGAGAAGAAGCCAUUCCAUGUGACCUAAUAGGUGCGAUUCGUCAGGUAAGAUGUGAACAAAGAUUUGAGCAGAGUCAGCAAUGUCGAGUUCGGCAGAAGUGGCGAGGUGGAUCUGGUGGUUCACGGUGUCGAACGCUGCGGACAGCUUGAGGAGAAUGAGGACCGAUGAGAGGGACGAGGCUCGGGCAGCACGGUGUGGGCAAUAUAUAUAAAUGUGAAAGUCUCCCUCUUCUGACUCCCACAGUCAUCUGCCAGGGCAGUGCGGACAAGCAGACCCAACCUUUGUGGCCUGAGCAAGGUUAGCUGAUAUUGUGGCUUCAAACAAACAGCUCAUGUUUCUAAACAAAUUUCAGAUGAAUUCCCUUUCUCAUCGAUGUCAGAUGUUCUGAUUUCCUGAUUCCCUCGUCACCCCUCUGUUCUCUUGUUCUUGUAGUUUAGUAUGGGAAACUGGCAAGCAAACAUUGAGGAGGGAAACCAGUUAAGUGUGACUGAGAAAGGGUGCAAGGCAAUUCAGGAUCAAACCAAGGUGACGCUUACAUGAGCACAUGGUUGAAGUGGGCAAUAUAUAUUAAUAAUAUAUAAUAUUAUUAUAAUAUUUGCUUGGCACUAAGUGCACAGUACACAACAACCCCCUUUGCCACCUUCAGACCCUCAACCAAGGUACCAAAGAACAUAAUGGGUAGCCCAACUAGCAGCAUUUGAUUACGCUGCACUGAUUUCACUGUGCUGACCGAUCUGGCAGCAAUAUAAGAUCGAGAAGUCCAGGACCACGUCAUAUCAUCCACAAGGAAAUUGGCAAUGUGAGAGAUCUUAUAGGACACUGAACGACCUGCACAGAUAUCUUUCCACUGAUAAGAAGCCGAUGUAUCCAAACUACAUCUCCCAGCUGAUGUAGGUAUACAGCACCUCGACACAUCGCUCUAUUGGCUAUUCCCCUUAUACCCUCAUGUUUGAGGUACAACCCCGGCUCCUGGUGUACUUCCUCUUGGGACCAGAUUAUUUAGAAGAAACAACCAGAUUCUCGGACGAGGGGGUCCGGCAGCAUCAGGAACCGCUUCCGGUGCCGUACAAUCUGGCCCAGAAGAGGCAGCAGACUGCCGCCAGCACCACCACAAUAUGCAUGGAGGAGCAGGAUCAUCCCUUUCAAGGUUGACCAGUCCUUUACAAAGUGGUCAAAGGGCCAACUGAACCUGGAAGACCGUAUACCAGCACACUGGUAAUGUACGACGGGCGCACCGGACCGGUUGCGGAAGGCGCAGCUUGAACCUUAACCGUACACAACAAUGGUGCCCCAGCCAUUCCCACAUUAUUGCCACCAAGACAUUGACCCUUAUAGGGAUGCACACGAGGAGACCAAAGCUGGGAUAGGUUGGGAAAUACCCCCUCAACCUGCUGCAACAUGAUGUUCAACAGCCCAUCCCUUACCGAGCAGGGAGCACCCAAGGAGUGGUCCACAGGGUUUUUUAGGAUGAUU